ACUGUGGCGCGCAAGCACGCGAUGACGUCACACGGAAAAGUCCGAUGAAGCCCGAGAGGACUCCGUCGGAGGACUCCGGCCUAUAGGCCAAUAGGAGCGCUGGAGAAAACCGCUCGCUUCUUGUCAUGUGCAGACCCUCCAUCCAGUCCCAUCCCAUUUUCCAGUGUAGGAGUGAACUUGUGACCCUGACUGAAAAAGAAAGGUAUUAGGUCUGCUGGGGACCCAGUUAUAGAAGAUUAUCCCAAAUUUUCCCCUUGCCUGUGAUACUCUCUCCAUUCCACACGUCUAAAGUCAAUCAUGUCUGAGAGGAAGGCAGUCAUUAAGAAUGCUGACAUGUCAGAGGAGAUGCAGCAGGAUGCAGUGGACGUUGCAAACCAAGCAUUGGAGAAAUAUAACAUUGAGAAGGAUAUAGCAGCAUUCAUCAAGAAGGAAUUUGACAAGAAGUACAACCCUACCUGGCAUUGCAUUGUUGGACGAAACUUUGGGAGCUAUGUGACACACGAGACACGCCACUUUAUCUACUUCUACCUGGGCCAAGUUGCCAUUCUUCUCUUCAAGUCUGGCUGAAAUUUCCCACCAAAAUUGUGCUCUUCCAUGAAUCACAUCACUUGAACCUUGUCUGACACACUUGUGUUCUGGCUUCUAGGCAUCUUUCCUAUGGAUAAAGACAAAUCUUCGCAUUAAAAGCAAGAGAGUUGCACUGCCUUUGUUUUUCUGUCUCAUUGCCAUGGCAGCUUACUCAGAAUCCCAUCUUGCUUGGGAAUCUCCACCCCAGUUGCACCCUACUUUGAAGAAAGUCCUUAAAAUUAAGGAAAAGCUUUUUCUUGUCCCAUGCUUUAAUGUGACUGUGUGCCAUUAUUUCUGGAAUCUCUGUCAAAGCAGCUGGCUGAUUCAGCUCAAUUGUUAUGCCCUGGACCAUCUUCAUCUCUUGUGAUCUUGUUGAACAUUCAUCAACUCACUAGUCAAUUGAGUUCUUUUUUUUUUCUCAUGCAUGCCUCUGUUUCCCUCUGAUAUUUAAAUGAGUCUCAAAUCCAACGUAAUACACAGUGUGACCUUGUCAUCCUCUUGCUACCCAUGCACUGUGACUCCACUUUUGCUGUUGCUUUGCUGAAGUGAGAAAGUUUGGAACAAAUAUCCCAGUUCAGAAGAAAUAAAGUGAG